GGUUAAUAUCACGGGCGGGUCACCGUCCUGGCGCGGACGGCGGAGGCUGCUGCGGCCCGCACUCGGCAGUGGACUGUGAGCUGCGCAGGCGCAUCGCACGCGUGUAAGCACAAUGUAUCGUUUCGUGUUGGUGACACUAGGAGUGCUGAUCUCACACCAUGCCCUGGUGUGCGGUAAGCAGCAGGUGAAGCUGUCGGACUCGUACCUGCCGGUGGCGAUGCAGGUCAUCGCACACCUCACCGACCAGAUGUCCUUCGAGGCCAAGGAUGAGAUCCCCCCGCCUAAACCCACCAAGGCGACCACGCAGCGCCCGCCUGACCAGACCACCCAGUACCACCGACCCGGACUGUUCGCACCACCAUCACCUCCCCGUCACCGCUGGUACACCGCCAAGAACCCCCACUACGUCCUCCUGCCGAUGCAGCACAGUUUCUUCCAGUACUCCUUCCUGGAACCCAAAGAGAAGAAACAGGAGGAGCCUCUGCUGGCCGCCCAGACGGAGCAAGUGAACCCCAUAGUGGACCCCACUCCCAACGUGCCGCCUCUCCUUCCCCCCCUCGACGACAUGAAGAUCACGAGCCGCUCCGAGAGUGCUGAAGAGCUAAAUGAGGAGAACCUGCAGUACCUGUCCCCGAACGUGCGGGAGAUGAUCCGCAUGGCCAACGACCCUGAUGAUGACAGGAUCGUGGACACGUUUGGCAGUCUGCGCGGGCGCGGGAACCCCCCGGAGCCGAAGCCCAAGGGCAAGCUCUCGUCCACCAACCUGCGGCUGCUGCUACUGUACGACCUCCUCAGCAGGGACGCCAAGAAGCAGAAAUUGAACAGCUUUGUGGGUUUCUCCGACGAGGUGAUGAAGAAUCUCGUGGAGUCCUCUAGCGGAGGUGCGCGGGCGCAGCUCUCUAUGGCGCUGUCAAACAUGGUGUCUCGCCACGACUGCACGCACGAUUAUGCCAACAACCGCGCCAAGGAGAUGGUGGCUGAACUGGCGAGGGACGAGUCGCUCCUGUCCACUGAGAUUCGGUACCUCCAGCCGCUCAUAUAUAAGUACUGAAUAGUUAAUACA